AUCUUCACAUUUUUUUCUCGACCAUGGUCAUGAUACCCUCCUUUCUAUCUCGCUCUUGCCGUCGCCAUCGUCCUCAGAGAGGCAACCCGAAGCAACUGAUAGCUUUAUCGUUGUCGGUAGUGCUCUCUUGUGGCGGACGACCCUUUUCUUCUUCUUCGGUACAGGCUCUCAACACGGUCGUCAUUACCGGAACCACUCGCACCGAGGGACCUCCAAGACCCAUUUUGGGUCCUCGCGUCGCUCAGUACAUUCGGCAACGGCUCGAGCACAGAGGUCAUACCGUCACGGCCGUCUUGGAUCCACUCGAACUCAACUUGCCACUAUUGGAAAAACCACACUUUGCCUAUGCCCCCAGUCAAGUUCCGCCUCAACUCGAAGAAAUCGCCACACUGCUCGAACAAGCCGAUGCCUACGUGACCAUUACACCCGAAUUCAAUCAUGCCCCAUCCCCCGGGCUUGUCAAUAUUUUGAAUCAUUUUGGAAGCUCCAAAUUCUCCUUCAAGCCCUCCGCCAUUGUCACCUAUUCGGCCGGACAAUGGGGUGGGACGCGAGCGGCACAAGGACUCCGACCCAUUUUGUCCGAACUGGGAUGUUUGCCCGUGUCCGCCAUGAUUCAUAUUCCAAAUGUACACCAAGUCCUGGACACCGAUGGAACUGUACUCGAAUCAUCGUCCCAAAAUCAAAACGAAAAAUGGGAUUCCUACUCGGAUCGGUGUUUUUCGCAACUGGAAUGGUGGGCCCAAGCAGCCAGCAAUCAGCGGCAAUUGGUGGAUCCAUUCCAAGUGUCUCCGGCAUUUCUGCAAAAUCCUUCCCAACGGAAUGCUCCGUAGUAACGAAGACGCAUUUACCGUACGUAAUGUAAUUGCUAGAUACGGUAGUAGGUUGAUACAUCGGGUACGAAAACAGAUCGAAAGCUGGUCGACAAUGACUUUUCGUGUGUAUA